UCCAACAUUUUCUGGGUAUGUAAUGUUGUUGUCGUAGUGGUUGUGGGGUUACUAUUGGACAUUUAUUCUCUCGUUUUUAUUUUUUUUUCCUUUUACUAGUGGUUUCGGACUGACUGUGCUCAGUUUUUAUUAGUCUUCGAAGUGUGGAUUUCUAUUUGGCUAUUUAAAUUGUUUCUCCACAAGUGUAGGAAGGCUUAAGUGUCUUUUUUUUUUUAAUUUUCUGACCCUUUUUCGACAAAAGUACGAACAUGGGAAGCCAGGGUUCUAAGGCUGCUAAAGGAGAUGUGGUCGCUGAGAAUGCUGCUGAUGGAGCAGUGAGUUCUCCCUCAAAGACAAACGGACAGGAGAAUGGACACGUGAAGAUUAAUGGCGGCUUGACAGAAAAUGAUGCUGCCCCAGUUAGUGGAAACGGCCCUGCGGAGCCUACAAAGGAGGCAAAAGUGGAUGGAUCCGCAGAUGCCAUAGAACCAGCACCAGCUGCUGAGGGAGAUGGCAAAACUGAAGGGGAGGGCACAAAGGAAACUCCAAAGAAGAAAAAGAAGCGUUUCUCUUUCAAAAAGUCCUUUAAAUUGAGUUCAAAUCCAUUUAAAAAAAGCAAAAAGAAUGGCGAGGCUCAAGAAUCCAAAGAAAAUGCAAAAGAGGUUGUUUCGGAGGACAAAGCAGAGGCAAAAGUUGAUCCCACCACUGACACAAGUGCAGCGAAGGAGGAGGCUUGUCAGGGGGCAGAAGCUACUGAAGGACAAACUACAGAGGAGAACAAAGAUGUGCAGUCAGAUGAGCCCCCUGCUAAGCAGGAGGAGGAGGUGUCUCCUAGUACUGAAGCUAAGUCAGAGACUGUAGAAGAAUCUUCAAAAGCCCCAUCUACAGAGGAUGCUGGUAGCACUCCAGCACAGCUAGCAGAGGAGUAAUAUAGACUUGAAUGAUGACUAUUUAAAAAAAAAAAAGGUUUGACCAUCCCACCUGACCUUUGCUUUGCUCACUUGACAUUUUGGAGACUUUUCUCUCCCAAUUAAAUAUGAAGUAGCAUAGAAUUAAACUCUGGGGGAGACUUAAGAACUCUAUUGGCGACAAACCAGACUUUGGAUUGUAAAGCUGUCACAAAGGUACUUUGUGGUCGCCCAAGUCUAGCAAGGAAGACUAUGGAACUGAAUUUAGUGAACCUGCCUAAACACUUUGUAUAAAGCUUGGGCUGUCCAUACUUUUUGACGUUUACUGUUUUAAAUAUAUUUUCAUGAAGGUGAUCUUGAGAUUGAAAUGGAAUUGCCAUCUUUCAUAGUAUUCACACCUGCUUUCUCAUUUAUUGUGCUUUAUAGAAAUGGUUAAAACUGUUAGGGUUUGGUAGUUCUUAAUAUCUUACUUGACCAGUUUUAAGACUGUCCACUAUUUUUUAAUUGAGGGGGUGAGUGCAAGCUGUAAAAUGUGAGGAUUAUUUUGCUGUAACAAGUCUGUAAAUACCUUCAGCACAAACUUUAUUUGCAGUUUUCUAACGUUUUAAACAGAUGUUCUGGUUUUAUUGUAACAUUAAAAGGGAAUAAAUUCUGACCUGUCUGUCCCA